GUUUUUCCACCGACCGACGAAAUUAUGCGUACGCUCCGCUUAUUUUUUUAUUUAUUUUUUCGUAAUCCGAACCGAACGCUCGCCGCCCAUUAGAAUGGAAUGAAAAAUCGCACAAAGCCGGGAAAAGUGAAGUUAUUUUCGCGAAUUAAUACUCGCAGUGCGUGCGAGCGAGAGCAAUAAUUAAGAUGAAAUUGCAGGCGACGCCGAAAUAAAAAACAAAAAAAAAAACGUUGCAGCAACAACCAGCCGCUUCAAAAGCCAGAACUUUGAAAAGUCGAAGCUGAAUUUUCCCCGAUUUUUCCCGAUUUUCCGUUUCCCGCGAAUCUGAAAGCCGCGCUGCCGGCGUCGCUGCCUCUGACGCCGUCGACGUCGUCGAUCCCGUUUCACGCGUCGCCGCUUCGUCUCGCCGUCUCGCUUGUUUCCCGCCCCCUCUCUCUCUGCCCCUCGUCCCCCGCCAACCCCCUCUUACCAAAAGGCCCCUUAAAACAACAUAAAAAAAGAAACAAAAUAAAACAACACAGAGAGAGAGAGCGAGUGAGAUAGAUAGAGAGAAAGCCAAGCCAAGAAACGUCAUCAAGCGACAACAACAAAUACAACAACAUCAACGUCAACCACAACAACUGCAAUUGCAACCAAACGGCAAACUCAUCAGCGGCAGCAACCACAACAAAAACAACAAAACGCAUUUCAUUGCCAAGAAAAAAAGAAAACGGUCAACGACAUUGCAACAACAACAACAACAACAACAACAACAACAACAAGAGCAAGAGCAGCAACAUUGGCCAGCAACAACAACAAAAACACAUCAGCAAUACAGAGAGACUGCAACAUCAACAACUGAAACAACAAAUAGGAAAAUAGGAAAAUGCCCAAAUGCGAUGUGAAAACGCGCUACAUUCCUGCGACUUUCGCCUGGAUUGUGCUGCUUCUGACCACAUUUCUCUUCUUCUUCUAUCCCUGCCAGUACUACGUGAAGAGCCAUCCAUGGGUGCUGGCCUACCAGGGCGUGAUCACAUUCUUCGUGCUGGCCAACUUCACGCUGGCCACGUUCAUGGACCCGGGCAUCAUCCCCAAAGCCUCGCCCGACGAAGACUGCGAGGAGGAGCUGCGCGCCCCGCUCUACAAGAAUGCGGAGAUCAAUGGGAUCACCGUCAAGAUGAAGUGGUGCGUCACCUGUAAGUUCUAUCGUCCGCCGCGCUGUUCCCACUGCUCCGUUUGCAAUCACUGCAUAGAGACCUUUGAUCAUCACUGUCCGUGGGUGAACAACUGCAUCGGCAGGCGGAACUACAGAUUCUUUUUCUUCUUCCUCGUUUCGCUGUCCAUUCACAUGCUGAGCAUCUUCUCGCUGUGCCUGGUCUACGUGCUGAAGAUCAUGCCCAACAUCAAGGACACGGCGCCCAUCGUAGCCAUUAUCCUGAUGGGCCUGGUGACCAUACUGGCCAUCCCCAUCUUCGGACUGACCGGCUUCCACAUGGUCCUGGUGUCGCGGGGUCGGACAACCAACGAGCAGGUGACCGGAAAGUUCAAGGGCGGCUACAAUCCGUUCUCGCGCGGCUGCUGGCACAACUGCUGCUACACACAGUUCGGACCUCAGUAUCCCAGCCUGCUCAACCCGAAGAAGUACGCCUCGCGGCGAUCUCAGGUGCAGAACCAGGCGAUCAGCACCAUUUGCAACGACAGGAGCGGCCAGCAGACGGGCGGCGGGGGCGGGGCCGGCGGCAAUGGUACCGCCGCGGUGUCCGGUGGCGGCGUCGGUGGAGCGGGCGGCGGGGGCGGUAUGCGCGGCACUGCGGUGCAGUACUCACCACGCUCCUUCUACGAUGCGAGUCGCGAGAAGCGGGGAAUACAGGUAAAGACUUAUAUGGCCGAGGGCAAUGGUUAUAAUCAACGGUCGGGCAGCACAACGCUUUACAGUAAGCUUUCGCCCGGACGUGAGUGCUCCGACACCGACCUGGAGCCGCCGCCCGCCUCCCAGAGCCAGGACUGCGAGCCGACGCCUCCGCUGCAGCGGCACAACUCCAGCAGCUUCUAUCUGCCGCAGGUGAGCGACGCCGGCGGUCUGAACGGCAGCGUUUCCACGGGCGGCGGAGGAGGCGGCGGCGGCGGGGAUUCGCCGCGCCACAUGCGUCUCUACCAUCCGCGUCACAGUCCGCACGCGAGGCCCAGGGGUCUGGAUCCGCAGCGGGGCUACACGAGCGACGCCCUGUCGCCGGACCAUCCCGUUGGCUAUGGCGUCGCCAUCGGCGUGAAUGGACCGCAGCAGCAACAGCAACAGCAGCAGCAACAACAACAGGCGCUGGCGGCUGCAGCGGCGGCGGCGGCGGUGGCAGCACAAAAUCAACGCAGCGCGACGACCACGGCCACGCCCACAAUGCAGCAGCGGAUCAAGCCGCUGGGCGUGGCCACGCCCCUCGUGAUGGCGAGUCCAGUGCGAAGAUCUAACCCGGGCACGCCCACGCAACCGAGACGCCCCGAUUUCAUCGGACUGAACGCACAGGCGGUGGCGCAGCAGCAGCAGCAGCAACAGCAGGCUGCUGCGGCGGCUGCAGCAGCGGCCUAUUACGAGUACACCAGCGGCCUGCCGCCGCAACAUCCGCAGGCGCCCAGCAUCCAGCAGCAGCAGCAGCAACUGCUCCUGCAGCAACAGCGUGUCCUCAUGCAGCACCAACAGCAGCAGCAAGCUCUGCAGCAGCAGCAGCAGCAGCAGGCGGCGGUACAUGCGGCGCAUCCGCAACACGCCGCUCUGGCGCAGGCGGCGUACGGCGGCAGUCCACAGAGGCGCUUCCUCUCCGAGGGCGAACUGGUGCGCCAGGGUGCCGGCGGAGGCGUUGCCGGCGGUGAAUUGUCCUACGCACGGUCCAAUAAUACGGUGGAUAAUAUACGAGAGCUGGCCGGCAGUCCGCAGCGCGGCGUUUACAUGUGGAAGGACACGUCGCCGGGAUUCACUAGCAACGCCGGACAGCAGCAGCAGCAGCAGCAACAACAGCAGCAGGCACAACAGGUGGUCAGCAGCGGGAUUGGCAGCAGUACGGGCACGCUGUCCAGCAGCGGAGCCGCCGUCGGUGUGAUGCCGCAUGCCCAGUACAUGACGGCGGGCGGAGGAGCACAUCCGCUGAUCAUGACGCACUCGCGACUCCAGGACUACACCAUCCAGCAGCAGCAGCAGCAGCAGCAACAACAGCAGGCAGCGGCGGCUGCGGCAGCAGCCUCAUAUCAUCGCUCCAAUCCGACGAGUCCCACCACCAUGCCACAGGUGUCCGGCGCUGGCCAGAGCUAUAUACUGCGCUACGGUGGCGGAGGAGCGGCCGGAGCAGCCGGCAGCAGUGGUAGUUUAGCCAGCGUGACCGCCAGUAAUCCCGCCACUGGUGGCGGUGGCUAUCAGCCAGCAUUGCGCGGCGGAGUGGCCGUAUUUCCGCCCAAUCCGCUGGGAAAUCAGGGCGGUGGCAAUCUGCAGACGCAGCCCUCGCCACAAAUCAAGCGAAAGCAGACGCCAACGCGGCCCAUGAGCUUUGUGCGAGCGCUAGAGAUGGCGGACUCCAUGGAGAUGCAGUCAAUGGAACAGCAGCAGAACGGCGGAAUUCCCGGCAGCGGGUCGGUGGGAAACAAUCAACAGGCGGGCGGCGGCGGAGCUGCCGGUCACCUAAUGCAGGGCAACGCCACCAAUUCGGGCACUCCGGAUAGGGCCAGCAUCUACGACAUGAACUACGAGAUCUCCGUAUAACCCGUGGUGGUGCCCGUGCUCCUGAUGCCACCCGCCAGCCAAGCGCCGGGGACAGCAGCCGCUGCUCCAGCUGCUGCAGUUGCUCCAGUUGCCAUCGCCGGUCCGCAGCCACAGGGGCAGUUUUACAAUGCCCAACUGGAGCCGGCUGCCUAUGCCUGUGUUCCUGUCUUGCCCCUCAAACCGAUAAGCAAUGGAGUAGGAACCAAUAGUCAUCAGCACCACCAUCAUCAUCACCAGCAGCAGCAGCAGCAGCAGCAGCCGCAUCAGCAUCAGCCGCAGCAUCACCAACAUCCGCACCAGAACAUCCAGAACCACAACCACAACCAGAUUCAGAACCAGAACCAGAACCAGAACAAACGCAAAUUUUCAACCUUCUUUUAGGAAAGGGAACUAUCCCGUCUUUUUUACCGAAUGAUUUGAACGAUGAGCAUGUAAGGGUGUAUCUAUAACGAAACGAGAGCUAUUUACACCAGAUGUGUGUGUAUAUAAGUUGCACUGCUGUUGUAGCUAUUGCUAAAUUUUAAGUCAUUUUAUUAUGUAAUUUUUACGCUUUGUUAUUAUGAUUUUAAUUUUAAUUUUUUAUUGCACGAUCGAUCGGAUAUCGAAAGGAGUUAUUUAUACGUUUAAUGCUUUCUAUAUAUGAUCGAAAAUGAGAAAAUAGAGUGGAGAUGGAGAUGGAAAUGAGAAUAUGAGAUAAAUUAAACACGAGCAUGUGGAUACAGAUACAGUGCGUUUCAUGGGUGCAGGAAAUUCCCCAAGCUAAUGCCACGCACUGUAUUCGCCCUGCCGAUCUGCUAUAUCUAUUAUACAUAUAGUACACACAUAUAUGGAAACCUUUUGCAAUCAACAUGAAAAUCGCCAAAAUUUGUACGUGUUUGUGUGCGUGUGCCAGUUUGUGCGUCUGUGCGUCUGUAAUGUGUGUGUUUAACAUUAGUCUUUAUAAAUUUAUAUCUAUUUAUGCCAUAUAUUGUAUAUAGGAUAUGCUACGUCAGGUGCCCAGGUGCAGAUAACUUUGUCAUUUGUGUACAUAGGUGAAGAAUGUGGAGGGAGACGGAGGAGGAACCGAUUUGUGCUAGGUAUCCAGAGAUUAUAUAAUGCGUUGGCGAACUAAGCGAGUGUCCGUUCAACGAACUCCAGGAUCCGGACGGUCAUAUGUCAUAUGUCUAUGCUACGGGUUGUACGGAGGGAGCAUCUCCUAAUUUAUCAUAAUCUGUAAAUAGAAACCCGUUUUGUAAGAACUACACCUCCCUCCUCUCCAUUCCGCAGUCCAGUGAAGCGAAAGGUUAUGUCGUCGCCCAGUACAGUGCGUUACGAGGCUAUAUGUGCUUGUUGUAAUAACUAUUCAUUCAGCAGCCUAAGGUUUCAUUCGAAGUCAUUCUUUGGGUUCAGCAACCCACAUAGUUUCGUACUCAGGACCAUGAUUAGAACGAAAUGGCAUUCGCACCAUCACACCGCUGCGCCUACAGCUCCGAAACGCACUGUACUCGGGUCGUCAAACACUCCCAGACGAGAUUUAAUGUUUUUUUUUUGGUGCCCUCAUUUACUUAGAAUUCGUAAGAGAGCCCUAAUCUGGAGCCGCGAUUUAAUGAUCGUGCAACUUGAAUGUCGUCCACUUUGAAUCAGUUUUAAUUUUCCUGUACAUAAGUGUAACAACGCAUGAGAAUUCUUCGGUUCGAGACUACCAACUUGCCUUUAUAGGCCCAACUUUGUUGUUAUGUUUUUAAGUGAACUUAGCUUUUAUACUACCAAUCCCCGUUGCCCCCCCUUUUCAAGUGUGUGUUUGUGUGUUCUUGGAUCAAUUCGAUGGCAUGUUUCAGCUCGAUUGUUUUACUCCUCAUUAAAAUGCAAAUGGCAAAUUUCAAGCGAUAAUAUCUGUAAGAAAGUUAGCUAUAUAUACACUACACUCGCGCGAUCGAUCGCGAACGAGAGAGAGAGAAUUAUACAUGUGUAAGGCGAUCAAUCCCCAAUCCGAAUCCGACCCUCUUCCCUGGCCACAUAGAUCAUGAGAAUUGUGCAAGGAUCAUAACUUGUAUAGACUAUGCAGUAAGGUGCGCGACAUAAGUGUCUGGAGCGGGCAGUUCCUUCCGUUUUUUAAUUAAAACUUCAAUUAAUCGAAUAUGAACACUUCCAGUUGCAAGAAUUUUUGGUGGCUACCUUAUACAUAUAUAUAUAUAUAUAUAUAUACAUAUAUGGCUGUUCCCGUCACGAAUUUCGCACACCUUAUUUAACGGAUCAAGAGUAUAUAUUAUACACACGUAUAUUUAAGCGUUUUUUUGCUAUCACAUUAAUUCAUGAAUUUGCAACAAUAUUUAAUAUAAAUACCGAAAUGCAUAUACAAACAUAAAAAAAGAGAAGAAAAAUCAUUAAAACAAAAAAAAAAAACAAAUGUGUAAUGUAAAAUGUAAUGUGAAUGAGAAGGGAAUGAAAUUGUUUUAGAUUUUUAUACCAAAUUUAAUUAAUGUAAACCACGACUUGUUUUUUUUUUGUAUACCACCACCCCUGUAAUCCCCGUCAGAAUGCGAGUAAUCCCUGCCAGCGAAAUCCUCGAGUUCUAAAUUGUUUUUUUUUUUUUUGUAUUGAAUACUUAAGUAAUUUGUAAAUUAUAUGACAAGUAAUCAAAUAGCAAGCAUAAACAGCAAGGCAAUUAAUAAACAAUACAAAUAA